AUGGCGGAGGUUGGGAGCUUUCUAGGGACACUCGACUUGGAUUUACAGAGUUUCCCCGCACUAGGAAGUAUGCCCUUGGCAGAGGCGCCAGCGGGGUUACUGGAUGAGAGGCUGGGACAGAUUGAGGGGAGGUUACAGCGAGGCUCGCUGACAGAUUUCGAGCACCUUAAAGGGAUUCUGAGGCGGAGGCAGCUGUACUGUCGGACCGGCUUCCAGCUGGAGAUAUUCCCCAACGGGACCGUGUACGGGACAAGACAAGACCAUAGCAGAUUCGGUAUCCUAGAGUUCAUCAGUCUGGCUGUAGGGCUGGUCAGUAUUAGAGGAGUGGAUGCAGGACUCUACCUGGGCAUGAACGAGAGAGGAGAGCUCUAUGGGUCGAAGAAGUUAACAGCAGAGUGUGUGUUCAGAGAGCAGUUCGAAGAGAAUUGGUACAACACGUACUCCUCCACGCUCUACAAACACACGGACACCGGACGCUUCUACCACGUAGCGCUCAACAAGGACGGCUCGCCGCGGGAGGGGGAGGACUAA